GGGUAAUAGUGUAAUCCCACUGCCAUGCCCCUUACAGAAACAGAGGUCAGACUCUCUCUCUCUUUGUGGCUUAGAUUUGUUUUUGAUAUUGUAGCCUAUAUUACCAAUUCCAACAGUGAUUCAAUCAUCAAUAAAUUAAUCAGAUCCCCUUCAUGAAUACACUCUCCUUCACCGGAAAAUAGAAGUGUGUUUUCACAGAUUCCAAACACAUCAAUGGACUCUUCAUCGUCAUCUUUUCAGAAUGCACCCGCCUCUUAUUAUCAAUCGUGUAAAUAUGACGUAUUUCUUAGUUUUAGAGGAGAAGACACCCGCAAGACAUUUGUAGAUCAUCUAUACUCGACUCUUAAACAACACCUAAUCCGCGUUUACAAGGACAAUGAAACACUUCCUCGAGGUGAAUCCAUCGACCAAGCCCUGUUUGAGGCUAUCGAAGAAUCACGAAUUGCUGUUAUAAUAUUUUCCAAAAACUAUGCAAAUUCUUCAUGGUGUUUGGAAGAACUUGCACAUAUUAUGAAAUGUAAGGAUGAGAGAGAGCUAAUUGUUAUACCCAUAUUUUAUGAUGUGGAACCCACGGAAGUGAGAAAUUGUAAAAGGAAAUUUGGAGAAGCAUUUGCCAAACAAGAGGCGAAGAACGUCGACAAAGCUGAAAUAUGGAGAAAAGCACUUGUCGAUGUGAGCAACAUUGCCGGAUGGGAGCCCAAGAACAUUGCUGACGGGCAUGAAUCACAAUUCAUCAAAAAAAUUGUUGAUACAAUUUUGGAUAGAUUGUUCGUGUUAAAUUCAUGUGUUGAUGAAGAUCUUGUUGGAAUGAGGGCUCGCUUCCAAGAUUUGGAAUCACUAUUAGACAUUGGAUCAGGGGGUGUGCGCAUGGUUGGUAUAUGGGGGGUCGGGGGUAGUGGUAAGACUACUCUUGCGACUUCCGUUUAUAUGGAACUCACGCAACAUUUUCAAGGUUACUGCAUUGUGGAGAAUAUUAGGGUGGAAACAAGCAAGUAUGGCUUAACUAAAAUGCAAGAGAAAAUUUUAUCGGCUCUUUUCAAAAAAGAAGUGAAUGUACAUAGUGUUGUGGAAGGAAAACACAUGAUGAAAAGUAUGUUAUGUCGUAGAAAAGUGUUGGUACUUCUUGAUGACGUCGAUGAACCAGGCCAACUAGAGGCGUUAGCCGGAAAACAUAAUUGGUUUGGUAGUGGGAGUAGAAUAAUAAUCACAACUAGAGAUAAACAUUUGCUAAGAACCCACAAGGUAGACCACGUCUAUCCUGUCACAUUAUUAUCGGAUGAUGAGGCUAUCCAACUCUUUAGAAGACAUGCUUAUAAUGAAGAAGACCCUGUAGAAGAUUAUGAGACGCUUUCAUUACGUGUGGUUUCUUAUGCUGCCAGGCUACCACUGGCAAUUAAAGUUCUAGGUUCUUUUUUGUACGACAAAAACAAGAAAGAGUGGAUAAGUACCUUGGAUAGACUUAAAGAUAUCCCAGAAAUGAAAAUAGUGGAAAAGCUCAAAAUUAGCUUUGAUGGACUUAAAACUAUGGAAAAACAGUUAUUCUUAGACAUUGCAUGUUUCUUUAGAGGACGUUGGACGAUAGAUGAAGCAAUGGAGAUAUUUGAAGCUUGUGAAUUUCACCCUGAAAUUGGGAUAAAGGUGUUGAGACAAAAAUCUCUCAUUACUAUAUAUGACUCUGAGUUUGGUGCUAGAUUUGAUAUGCAUGAUCUCGUACAAGAAAUGGGACACUACAUUGUUAGAGGGGAACAUCCUAAGAAUCCUGAAAAACAUAGUAGACUUUGGAAACGUGAAGAGAUCAAAGAAAUGUGUUCGGGGAGUGCAACAAUGGAAAAUAACCAGAUUGAAGCCAUUUUAUAUGAACCUUUACCUGUUCUCCCAUGGAAGAUUCGUGACCAUGAUUAUUCAUUACCCUUAUGUAAGCAAGUUUCAAACAUGAAGAAACUAAGGUGGCUUAGUGUGUCUACUAUGAGUGAGGCUGAGGAUGAAGGGCCUAAUUUUCUUUCAAAUGAGUUGCGGUAUAUUAAGUGGUAUAGUUAUCCCGCAAGAAGCCCGUUCUUGAACGGUUUUCUACCAAUGAAGCUUGUUGUUCUAAAAUUAACCGAUAGCAAGCAGAAUGAACUUUGGAAGGAUGACCAGCAUCUACCACAUUUGUCAGUGCUUCAACUCGUUCGCAUGGAGAAGCUAUCUAGCACACCAAAUUUUGAUGGACUCCCGCGUCUUAAAAAACUAACACUCCUUUCUUGUAAGGAGUUGGAAGAGAUUCACCCUUCACUUGGAAAUCACUCAAUACUUGAAUACUUAGAGGUAUCACAUUGUUACAAACUUAAAAGGCUUCCAACAAUUAGUCGGAUGAAAAACAUAAAGGCUUUACUAAUAAUGCGGUGUUCAUUGAAAGAUGAAGAUAUGCCGUAUGGUAUUGGCGAGUUAUCCAACUUACAAGAGCUAAAUCUAUGUUGUAAUAGUUUUUCACGACUAGAUUUUAGCCUCUCGCAACUUACUCAACUCAAAAGCCUCAACCUGUCAUCUUGUGACAAGCUUCUUGAAUUGCCUGAGCUCCCAUCAAGUUUAGCUCUUCUUAAAGCACACCAAUGCAAAUCACUGAUACUUGUUAAAGAUUUUUACAAAAACUGCAAACAAUUAAGUCAAGUAUCACUUAUAGAUGGGUGGAGUGACAAAUUAUUACAAUUCAUGCUGAAGGGAAAGGCUAUUGAAGAUGGCUCUAUGCGUCUCCAACUUGAAGGCGUUGAGAUUCCAAAGGGGCUUACACCUCCUUUGCUUAGAGGAAAUUCUUGUAGAUUGGAACUUCCCGAGAACUGGUGCAGUGACUUCUCUGGUUUCUUAAUAUGCGUUGUUACUUCAUAUGACUCUUUUGCCAUUCCGUAUCGUAUAUGGAUAAGUAUGAAGCAUGUGAGUAAUCUGGUUUCUGAAGAUGAUGUGGUUUGGGAGGAAAGACCUGGUGAGAAGUAUAUGACAUGGGUGUGGUAUGUCUCAUUUGAUCUAUUGAGACACACUACAUGGUGGGAUCAAACAUACAAAGCUCUUUCUUUUGAAAAUGAAUUUGACACAUGUAAGGGUUUUGGAGUUAGACUCGUUGAGAAAAGUGCAAGCGGUCUAACAGAAACGCCGACGGAUUCUUCUUCUCGUUUUACACCUAAGAUCAAAAUUCAACAUGAUUCGACAGCCGCACUAACAAUAUCCUGAAGUCCAUAUGAAGUUAUUUAAAACGACAAUUAUAUCAAAAGAUAAAUUCUUAAGUUUAAUAGAUGUAACACUUAAAAAUUACGUGUUGUGUAUUUCUGAAUUACUAAGCUAAUUGAGGUGUCAAAUGGUAUAGAGAUAUAGUGGUGACUAGAGUUU